AUGGCAUUUCUCCUUAAUCUAUUCAAUCACGGAGAGAGCAACAGAGCUUAUGAUCAGAUAUAUGGUGAUAAUUAUCAGAACUACGGAUAUGAUCAACCGCAACCUCAUCACAAAGCAUCAUGGACACAUGAACUUAUAGGUGGCGCAGCCGGUUUUGCAGCUAUGAAAGCGUACGAAGAUCAUUGUCGUCGCGAAGGUCAACAUGUAUCUCAUGCCUUCAUGAAAGAGAUGCUGGCAGGCUUUGCAGCUGCUGAAGUUGACAAACUAUUUGAAACGAAAGGUUUAGACUUUCUCGAUCGAGAAAAAGCUAAACGACAUGCAAUUGAGCAAGCACAUCAUCUUGCCAAUGAAAGAUACGGACAGGGUGGAACUUUUAAUUAUCAAAACGAUCCGUAUGGAUCCGGUCCAAACCAGUAUGGAAUGGGACCCAAUCAAUACGGACCCGGACCUAAUCAGUAUGGACCAGGUCCAAAUCAAUAUGGACCCGGACCUAAUCAGUAUGGACCUGGACCCAAUUUUUAUCAGCAACAGGGAGGACCCAACUACUACCAAUAA